CGCAAAGAUACUCGAUGGUGGGAGCAAUUCGGCCAUGGGGUUCUUUCUCGACGAUGGAAAGGCACCGCCUGAGAGCUCGAGCACUUCAAGUACCGUGCGGUACCGGUGAUGGACUGUAGAUAAGUAAAACAAGGCUGGCUACUGUUGCCGUCCAUGACCCGAAUCGGCGGGGCGCUCGACUCGGACGGAAGGAGAACCAUGGUGUCAUGAUCACCGGCUCGAACUCGAAUUUCCAAUGCGAAGGCGAAAGAUAGCAAAUGCCAAAAAGCAUUCUGCUCUCCCCUCUACACGACAAAAUUGCUAUAGCCAGAAAAGACUUCUUUUACUCAAGUCAAGAUGAUGCAUUCCUCCAGCAUCGUUCCUGCUACCAGAAGAAACGCAGGACAAGUGCAGCUCGCACUGCUACAGAGCCUGGAAGAGAGACGCCAUGAACCUUGGGCGAAGUUCUACGUUAGCGUGGAUAGGUUGACUCCGCUGCUUUUGCAAAGAACACGCUACUACAGAUCAGCCCGAAACCAGACAGAAAGGUUUUUGGCGGCUCUCGAUGAUGAAGUUGACAAGGCGGUUGUGUUCUUCUUUGACUGCCAAGGCCAAAUUGCCAGAGAACUCUGGGCCAUGUCCAAAUGGAGCGCCAAGUCGGAACCAGAUUCUUCCUUGUAUGACCAUGCCAUUCAGUUGCUCCGCCUUGUGACGUUUGUCGAUCUCAAUAUUCACAUUGUCGAACGUGUCCUUGGACUUCACGAUGAACUUCUCUCGGCAAACGUUGGACAUCUGUAUCUCGCGAGCAAAGCUGGUCGCGAGGCAAGGACGCCCAACGAUCACCACCGUCUCAAGGCAUUGCUGCGUCCUGAAAGCUUGAAGGCAACAGUGGGGAUUGCAGCAACAAUCUACUAUCGAUACAUCAAAUACCAGGCCAAGAGGAAUAACCGUGUUAACCUCACUGGACAAAGUCUGAGGGUCGUUCCAAGCAUGAGUUCAUUGGCUGGAUUCUUAGCAAGCGACGACUCAAGUGAGGAUUUGCUUACCCCUGAAGAAGGAAUAGACGAUGAGCAACCAGUCGAAGAGGACGAAAGCGAGGAAGAUGGAGAUGACGACGACGAUGACGAGCCGGCGGAUAUGAAGGCCCUGGUCCUUGCCGAACGGGCAAUCAAGAAACCGGUGCUAUCGUCCUCUCUUUCGAGCCCCAAUUCUGUGUCGGCCUACAGUUUGGGACCAACUGAAGAUCAACUAGUUGGGGCAGUCCUCCUUCGCAUUGAUACAGCACUGACCAACCUGAACAAGGCGGAGACCAUGAUGGAAUGCUUAGCUCUUCCAGAUUUGAUGGGAGCGAACCGCGAAAGCUUCUUUCCAGAAAGAGAAUUCACCGACGAGCCCAAGGGCUUGGGCGAAAUCAUUGUCGAGCACCAAAGGACUGUGGGUAGCAAGGAUCCGGAGAAGCUGAAAGCCCGACGCUGCUCUAGCUGGUUGAACCUCCUCAACAGCUUCUUAUACAUGGUGUCCUACUACCUGGUUGCCCCAACGAGCUCUGCUUACGCUAGGCGACUUGGUUUGGAAGAAUCCAUGAGCGGCGCUAUCAUUGGAUGCACCGCAGGCUCGGCAUUGGCCUCGACGGUGCUCUACAGCUGGUGGACUUCGCACAGUUACAAGCACGCCCUCAUAUUCUCUUCAUUGUGCUGCUUAGCUGGCAACGUGAUAUAUGCUGCUGGUUUGCCCUUUGAUUCGCUGGCACUGGUAUUGAUUGGGCGUCUCCUCAAUGGCUUCGGUUCAGCCAGGGCGAUCAACCGGCGGUUCAUUGCUGAUGCAUUUAGCAAAGCCGAAAGGACAGCUGAAUCUGCGAACUUUGUGGCCUCUGGCGCAGCUGGAAUGAGUGUUGGGCCAGGUCUGGCGGCUCUGAUGCCGCUGCUCAUGCCCAAGGGGUCCACAAAUCUUUGGUGGCAAGAAGAAAACGCGGCAGGUUGGGUCAUGGCACUCCUGUGGAUCGUCUAUCUUGCCUUUUUGAUUCCGUACUUUAGAGACCCACCCAAGCCACCCGCCACACCCAGCCCACCCAAGUUACCGAACAAUAAGGCUGGCAAUCUACAGUCGCUGUACAACGGAGAAAAGAAGCCAUUGCUCGCAAAAGAUGCGCAAGGCACACAGGACCACCAGGUUGCAGGAGAGUUACCCCUGUGGAAGCGACCAGCUGCUCUCAUCACCAUCUUUCUAGUGUUCCUGUUGAAGCUGGUGCUGGAACUCGUCCUCAGUGCAUCUGCCCCUGUAACUGAUUUCUACUUUGACUGGACACCCAGCACUACUGGAUGGUUCCUGGCAGCCUUGGGGCUUUUGGUUCUUCCUGCCAUUUGGUUUGUCACUUGGAUGUCGAAGAAGUGUGAGGAUCGGUAUCUAAUCCUCUACUCUGUGGUGGGGACGCUAUUUGGUUGUAUUCUCAUGAUGCAGUACCAACCCCACUAUUCACAAGGCCAAUAUAUGUUUGCCACGAUUGUGCUUUUCGUUUUCCCAAACUGUAUGGAAGCCCCAUCAAUGAGCCUUCUUUCCAAGAACAUCCCUUCAUCUCUGUCUCGUGGAAUUUUCAAUCUGGGUUUCUUCACCACGGAGGCAGGCUUUAGUGGACGUGUGGUUGCCGACUCUGUCCUUACUUGGUGUGGAUCAGGUGGGACUGAACAUUUGGUGAAUCAUACGUUUGGAUUUCUUACCUUGCUGAAUCUGUUGGCUUUGGUGCUGGUCUACUUUCACAUGCCGGUGCUGGUGGACCCUUCCAAGAAGUUUGACUAAGUUUUGCUGCUUACCACGGUUUCCAGUCUGAAACUACUUUGUAAGUGCUUUUGUAAAUACGACAGUAGUUUAUUCCUUUCCUCCUGUGGUACCUUAGG